AUGAUGCUCAAUUCAGAGCAGACAGAGCUCGACUUGCCUCCGACACACUCCGAGCCCGAAUCCGUCUUCAGCGACUGCGGCCGCUCGGUUGGCGCCGAGGAGGAGGCAGGAGCUGUGGCUUUGUGCCCUCAAGCCAAAGUCCCAGAGCAAAGUGAGGCCAUGAAGAAAGACCUGCAGCACCUGAGCCGGGAGGAACGUCGGCGGCGACGCAGAGCCACGGCCAAGUACCGGACGGCUCACGCCACGAGGGAAAGGAUCCGAGUGGAAGCUUUCAACAUGGCCUUUGCCGAGCUGCGCAAGCUGCUGCCCACGUUGCCCCCCGACAAGAAGCUCUCCAAGAUCGAGAUCCUGCGCUUGGCCAUCUGCUACAUCUCCUACCUGAACCACGUGCUGGACGUCUGA